AUGCCAAUGGGACUCAAAGGAGCACCGGCCACGUUCCAGAGGAUAAUGGACGACUUCAAGAAAUAUAUAAGAGCAAGAUCUAUCUUCAUUUAUAUCGAUGACCUUAUUAUAACCUCUGAAACCCCAGAAGAACAUUUGGCGGAUAUCGACGAAGUGCUUGGUAAGAUCGAAAUAAUUGGCAUGAAGCUGAAGGCGUCGAAAUGUGAAUUCGCAAAGGAAGAGAUCAAGUUUCUGGGAUUUAUUCUAAGCAAAGAAGGAAUAAGGUCCAACCCGGACAAAACCAAAGCCAUCGACAACUACCCGCAGCCAACCAAUCCAACAGACGCGAUCAACAACGAGUUUCUGGGAGAUCCAUCUGCCUUGUCGCACGACUGCCUACCCGCGAAGAUCGCACAGGAUAAAGUGGAAAGACUGUUGUAUAAGGAGUGCGAAAACAUCAGAAAGGACAAGAGACGUGUGGGGACAACAACGCGAAAGGCAUGGCAAGAAAUAGAGAAUCACAUAGAAGAAAACGAGGGCGAGAACGAGACGCAGAAGCUCGACAUGCUUCACUACUUCCACAGAGAUGGUUACGAGUCAAGGCGCAGCACCAUAAAAAGGGCCAUUAAAAGCCUAGACAAUAAAAGCUGCACUAUGGAUCACGUACCUCGCAUUUACUCCCACUUCUCCGAUGGCGAAAGAUUCCUGCAGUUCCAGACUCCAGAUCUGCAUAUGUAUUACUCAACCGCAACCAUCGAAAAGGCGCAGAGGUUUGGGCUGUACGCACUUGUAGCGGACGGCGUGCACGAUCUCCAGCCCGAUGCAACAGCCAAGUGUGGACAGCUCUACACUGUGCACGGAGUAUGCAACGACACCAUGGACGCUCCCCUCCUGUAUGCCAUCACCACUACCAAGAACGAGAGGACAUACGAGUUGAUAUUCGCUCAACUGAAAGAAGAACUGCAGAGAUCAGGCCGCUUGGAUAGAUUGCGCGUGGUAUUGGACUUCGAAAGAGCUUCGAUAGGUGCAGCUCGAAAAGUAUUUCCCUUUGCUUCCGUCGAAGCACUUCACAGAAGAGUCCCAUCAUUGUAUCGGCCUGACUUACCAAGGAAUAAUGAAGCAUAUCAAAUAUGCGAGGAGUUCUUGCGCUACCUGAAGUCUACAUGGUAUGAGGGACCUUUUAAGGGAAUGUGGAAUAAGUGGGGCAUCAAGGAUACGCGAACGACAAACGCAGCUGAAGCGUUCCACAGGAACUUAGGCACGCUGCUAGAAUGCAAGUACCCCCUUAUGUCAAGGCUGCUUGAAGAACUGAAGAGUUGCAAUAAUAACGCUAAAGGAGAUUUUCUCAAUAUGGAAAGACGACCCACGGAUGGAAGACGGUUGAGGCGGAGGGAUUUGAGAAGGCGUGAGAAGAUACUCAAGAUGAUGGCGGCGUACAGAAGCAGAUUCGAAAGAAGAAACACAAUCAGAACGAGCACAAACCAGAUCAUGAAGUACUGCAGAAAGAUGGCAACGUUUGUAACAAGCAAAAUCAAUUGA